UUUCCCGUCCCUGUGACCAUCUCCACGAUCUGUUUGGCUCCCUCCCCUACUGCCUCCGCGGGGGUCUUGGCCCUUUCUCUUUUCCCUCUGGGUGGGUUGACACAAAUAUGUCGCCCAUCUCAUUUGACGUCUUUCGUCGAUGAGAUUUUUGUGUUUGUGCGUGUGGGUGGAUUCCAAUGGUUGACACGGUUGACACGAAUGUGUCGCUGUGUCUGUUUGACGUCCUUCGUCAGCGGAUUGGUGAGAGUUCGUGACUGUGGCCGCUGCUUUUGUUCGCUCGCUCGAUGCUCGCUUGAUUUUUGCUCGCUUGCUCGUUUUUGGGUUUGGAUCGUACAUUUUGCCGCCAGGGUUAACGACGACGCCACCGAUCAUGGCCUUCGUCUCGCUGCUUGUCUCACAGGGUCCUUUGUCGGCAUCCUCGUCCUCGCUUUCUUCUUCAUUAGGAGGAGGCAACUUGUUCAACGGCAGCGACGCGCAUCCACCAACACACUCAGACUCAUCAUGGAUUCUUUUCCACUGCCUCCAAACGUGCUGCCACCAGAGCAGCAGCAGCAAUAUGUCUUCCCUUGCCCUCGUCAAGAUGGCCCUAAUAAAAAUUGGCUUGAUGAGAACAGCAAUUUUCAAACGGAGGAAAUUGACCUGUCUCUUACACACAAGGUCCCCUGGUUUGCAGAACUUUGCCAGCGUUUCGGACUCGCACAUACGGGCAACAAAAUGACGCUUCAUGAGCGGCUUGUGAAGUUCAGCCAAGCCGGGAUGGAAAAGUGGAAGGCAAAUAUUCUCACUCCGACGCGUAUUCCUCACAAGGGAGUGAGGGUGGUGAGGGAUGGUGCUAUUACGAAGAGGAAGCUGACACAUGUGAGCAUACCGGUGAGCAACCCUCAAAGGGUACUCCUCCCUACGUCAAGAUUCGAGGAUACUCGUAGCCAGGCCAAGAUAGACGGCUUCAUACCUUGGGCUGAAGUUCUUAUGGUCAAGAUAGCGAAAGAAGAAGAACAUGCACAGAAUCUCUGCAAUACCCAUCUCCCAGAACCUGGGGUCAACAGUGUCCACAAUCAUAGUGCGCAAAAGCCUGGUAUGAAUCCUUUUGUGAUCGAGGAGCGGUUGGCUGCUCAUCAAAACUCCUCCCCCUCGUCCUUGUCUUCGACUGUAUCACCUGAAACCCCCUGUCCCUCCAUGGAUUUCGACUCGACCAUUAUGGGGCUCACUGCAAGUUCGACUGAAGUCUUCUCUGGUAUUGUGGACCGACCAGACUCACCGAUCCUACCACCCUUUGAGCCCAUGCAGAUGACUUCACCAUCCAUGCUGCUCUCUCCACCUGCUCUGCCGACGUCUGAACUCGACGGGAAUGCUCCAGUAUCAUCUGAUGAUACUGCCAUCAACCCAAUUCAGUGCUCGUUGGUCUUUGCUGAUGGCCAGACCAUAACUGUUCAUCAGGGUGACGUUCUGCCGACUAAACCGUUCUGCUAUGCAUCAAAUCUCGAAAGUCUCAUUCGGUGCUGGGAUGAUCGUAAUCCAGACUGGGCCCCAUCCGUUGAUUAUCCAAUCAUCAUCCAUGGUCGCCCAGACAUCUACAAACUCAAUAAAAAAACAGGGAACGAAUGGGAAAAACUCAAGAGCAAUUGGCUAGAUUGGAAACAUAUCAGGCAUUCGAGACACCUGAAGCCUUCUGGGCCGAGUUUUCCGACUCUCGAGGACAGAGGCUGAAAUUCUCUCGAAUCAAAAAAAUUCUUUUAGAGCGAUGAACAGCCUGCAAAUCUCAAAUUAGCAAAACAAGUGACAGCUGAGUAUGGUGAUGAUUUUAUCAAUCACUUUGGUUAUAAAAGGGGUAGGAAAUUGGUUGCCAUGAAGGAUGGUCCAACAAUUGCCCUGACACUAUAGGAAGAAGAUGGGAAUUAGUUGCAAUGAGGAUGUUUAGUUCACAGUUCAUGUCGUAGUUUUGGAAUGCUACAAUGUUUUUCUUAUUUACUUUGUG